UCACAUAGCUUAUUUUAGGUUAUAUAUUGUUUUCAAAUUUUUCACAGAUAACAGAGUAGAAUUUAUUAUUAGUAUUCUGUGGUAAAAUUAUUUUCUUGGAAAUUUAUUAUACUGAAAUGAAUAUAUUCAAUUAUUGGUAAUACCUUGAGCAUCACUAUAGGAAAUAAUGGGAACUAAUGCUCUUCAACUCUUGGUUCAAUAUGGUAAUGAUGGAGAAAGUUCUGAGGAAGAUGUUCCUGGACCUAAUGUUUCAACAAAGAGGCGAUUCAAAGAGGAAAAUCCAAAAAGGCUUCCCCUUCCAGAUUGUAUAAAAAAAAUUGACGGACCUACAUGGGUUGAUGAUCCAUCCAAACAUCAAGGUAGAAUACGUUCAUUCAAACAUGAAAGGGGCAACUGGGCCACAUUUGUUUAUAUACCAUGCGAACCACAUAAUGGCUUCACUUUGUUGCAAGAAUCCCUCAUGAGUUGCAUACCAGAAGUACCUUUUCAAAAAAUUGAUGACCUACAUUUGAGUUUAACUAAAACAGUUGUAUUGAAAUACCAUUGGAUCCAUUCUUUCAUUAAUUCAAUUAAAGAUAGAGUUUCUCAUUUUAGAAGGUUUGUGCUUACAUUUGGUAAUCUACAAGUUUAUUGCAAUGAAGAAAAAACAAGAACCUUUAUUGGUUUGGAAGUAACUAGUGCUCAUGAUACUUUAAAUUCUAUAAUCGAAGAAUUAGAUAAAUGUUUAUCAGAAUUCCAGCUUCCACUCUUCUACAAGGAUCCAUCAUUCCAUAUCAGUAUAUUAUGGUGUGUGGGCGAUCUAAAGAGUAAAUUGGAGUCCUAUCUACAUCAUUUUGAUCUGAUAAUAAAGAAUAUUUUGAUAGAGAAUUCAGAUGAAAUUUGGCAUAUAGCUGUGAAUUACUUAUUUUGUAAAACAGGCAACAAGAAAUUUCAGUUUCCUUUAGAUUCAUAAAAUAUUGUAAAAAAUAAAAUUACAUAUGUAUUUA